UCUCCGACUCGAUCACAUUCAAGAAUGUUGAUCCGACGCAUUGUGCUGACCAAAUCCCUCCACCAUUUUCGUUUCUUCAGCCACUACGCAGAAACUAUUCAUGCCGUUGUACGUGUCACUUCGGGCAAGAACAAGAACAUCGCCGCCAAGGAGAGGAAAGCUGGGCGGGUACCCAGCAUAGUGUUUGAACAAGAGGAUGGCCAACGCGGUGGUAACAAAAGACUCAUCUCUGUUCAGGCUAAUCAGAUUAGGAAGCUUGUUAACCAUCUCGGUCGCUCCCAUUUCUUAUCCAGGUUGUUUGAUCUUGAGGUUCACCCUGACUUUGAAUCUACUGACGUUAUUGAGAAAGUUCGAGUUCUGCCCAGAAAGGUUCAUCUGGAAGCUGGUUCAGAUGCGCCUCUUAAUGUUACCUUUAUAAGAGCUCCAUCAAGUGCUUUACUAAAGGUUGAGGAUCCUCUUGUAUUUAGAGGAGAGGAUGUGUCCCCCGGUUUGAAGAAAGGUUCAUAUUUGAAUAUCAUCAAGAGAACGGUAAAGUUUCUAUGCCCAGCGGAUGUCAUCCCUCCCUACAUUGAUGUAGAUUUGAGUGAGUUGGAUGUUAACCAAAAGUUGUUAAUGGGUGAUGUGAGGGUUCAUCCAGCUUUGAAACUUAUCCAACCAGAGGAUCACCCUGUUGUCAAGAUUGCCGGAGCAAGAGUUUCUGAUCAAAAUGAUUUUUACUGAAACUCUUAGAAAGCUUAUUAUGAAAGAGAGGAUUAAUUCAACAGCGUGGGACAUUGUCAGCUGAUGUUAUUUACUGCAUGACCUUGUUCAUCUGUGUUAGUUAAAAUAGGAUGAUUGGGUGAUAGUAUCUCAAUUUUGUAUAUCAAAUAGCCAAUGCCCCAAUAAUUUUUCUGUUCUGGUCGGUGAUAUGUCAAAUCAUGACAGACGCCAGAGCCCAACUUCAGACCCGAAUUUCUGAAGCAGCAGCAACUUGAUUACUUUUAUAUUUUAAAAAAUAGGGGGUGCCACAAACAGCUACCUUGUCAUUUUUA